GUGGAAAAGACGGUCAGGGCCUAGUGUCCGGGGGUUGUAAAUCACUACGCCGCCCCAAGGAGGAGGGGGAAAGGGAGCUGAGCCAGGGGCGCCCAAGGAGGGGCGGGGGCGUGGCUCUCCUCGGCUGCUCCCCCUCGUUUCCUACUCCUCCCCCGCCCCUCUCCAAAGCCCAAGCCCCUCUCCCUCCUCCUCGGGAGGAGGCGCCUGAGCCAAUGGGAGCGGGGGAUGUUAGCGGGUGGGAGGCGGCGGCCGCGUUGCUACAGCAGGAGCCUGGGCGUCGGCGGCAGCAGCAGCGGCCGGAGCGGGAGGAGUAGGAGCCGGAGAGCCGCAGUCUGUGGGGCCAUGGAGGGGCAGGGAGAAAAUGGAAGUGUAGUACAAAUUGGGGAAUUGUUACCAUGCAAGAUCUGUGGAAGAACCUUCUUUCCAGUUGCCUUAAAAAAGCAUGGGCCAAUUUGUCAGAAAACUGCAACUAAAAAACGGAAGGCCUUUGAUUCAAGCAGGCAGAGGGCUGAAGGAACUGAUAUUCCAACAGUAAAACCACUUAAACCCCGGCCAGAACCUCCAAAGAAACAGUCCAACUGGAGAAGAAAACAUGAAGAAUUCAUUGCCACCAUAAGGGCAGCUAAAGGACUUGAUCAGGCACUUAAAGAGGGUGGCAAACUUCCACCACCACCUCCACCUUCAUAUGAUCCUGAUUACAUUCAGUGUCCAUAUUGCCAGAGGAGAUUCAAUGAAAAUGCAGCUGACAGACAUAUUAAUUUCUGUAAGGAACAAGCUGCUCGUAUUAGUAACAAAGGCAAAUUUUCUACUGAUACUAAAGGAAAGUCAACUUCUCGAACACAGUACAAGCCUCCUGCCUUUAAAAAGACAAAUUCUCCAGCAACAAUGCCUUCAGCAUCCUCACGUUUACCACAACCAAGUAGUGUCAGCAAGUCUCUUAUAGCUGCACCUUCAAGUAAAGGGUCUUCUGUCAGUGGCUCUUUCGGAAGCAAACUUCAGAACUUAUCUCCCUCUCAUAAAGGAGUAACAGCUCCAUAUGCAGGUAAGAUGGACAAAUUAGGCCCACCACUUCGAACUGGAAGAGAUGUACAAAGGUUGUAUGAAAGUGAUAGAAAAUCAGACAGUGCCAUCAAAAGAAAUAAGUUAUUACCCAUUAACAAAGGUAGCACGAAAGCACGGACUUCAACACCACCUAGUUUGGCAAAAAAUUCUAUACCAGGUGUGUUAACACACAAGAGAAAAACCUAUAAUGCUGAUAGUUACACAAACAGAGGCUGUAAAUGGAGCAAAAGGAAGUUAUUCAACUGUACUGAAUCUGCUACAAAUUUAUCGUAUUUCAACCUGACUUCCCUGCAGUCAGAUGUAGAUUAUUCAUCUGUCAAUGGAGGAGGCCUUAAAGGAAAUGAAGGCAAUUCAUCUGGACAGUUACCAAAAUUCUGCCAUGAAUGUGGAACCAGAUAUCCGGUGGAAUGGGCAAAAUUCUGCUGUGAAUGUGGAAUUCGAAGGAUGGUUUUAUGAAUAUACCAAAAAGUAAAAGACUGUAAAAGAAAGAUCUAAGCCCAUACUUCUCUACAUAGUGUUCAUGAAAACUUAGAGCACUUCCUCCAGUUACUUCUUGUUACAAAUAUGCAAACAUAAUAAUUUUUUGAGUGCAAUCCUUUUUGGCUGCAUAAUUUAUAUGUAUAUAUAUAUAUACUAUGUACAUAGUCUGUGUAAAUAAUAAACAUCAGGUACCCACAAAUGUGUCCCUUAGGAAAAUAUUCUUUUAGGUUGUCAGUAUAUUUUCAAUGGGCAUAUGUUACUUUUUGGAUAAUAAUUUUUGUUUUGUUUAAAAGAACAUUAUUAUAACAACAGUCUAAAGUUACUGCUUUGAAAUUUUUGGAGUGUGUCCAUUAUUUUCAGAAGAUAAUUGAACACUUUAUUUUAAUGUAGAUACUGUCUUUGAGAAGUCAUAAUAUCUUAAAUUUAGAGGUAGCAGGCACUUCCAUGGUCAUUUAGUGAGGAAAUCAAGGCCUAGGAAUACUGUAACUUUCCUGAGAUAGUGCCAGGUAUGAUACUUUCCUUAUAAUUUUGUGCUUGAACAGAAUAUCUUUGGCUAAAGUUUUAACAAAUUAUCUUCCCUUUUUGCCAUUACAGUUAAUUUAAUAAAAUUUAUUAAAAUAGACACACACUCAUGUUGCCCAUUUUUCUAAACAUCUAUUUAACAACAUGACUUAAAACAUGCUUGUGCAUUCCUUGAAAAUAGAAAUGAAUUUUCUUUUUGAGAUAUUUAUUUGCAACUAUCAGAAUAAUCCAAAUAGAAAAAAUAGAAUUUUGUAACUAUUAUUUUAAAGUAAGGACUUUCAUUCUUUAAGAGCUCAAGAAAGUAAUGUCAUCCUUUUUAUUUGAUCCCAAUUGUGUCUUCAGUCUUUUUUUUUUAUGUUUCUUCUAUUUUCAUUCUUGAGAAAAAAUUUUAAUUAAAAA